AUGAGUGCGCAGUCCACGUUCUCCCAGACACCUUCAUAUAAGGCGCAUUCGUCCCACGCAAAAGUGGUGGCCUUCGAAGAAGCACUCGUUUAUGAAGAAUUGAAGCGAACGAUUUUAUUGCUCGAAACAGUGGUGAAAACCAAUGCCAAUGAAAAAAUUCCACGCAUUUUGCGCACUACAAGCAAGCUUCGUAAAACGUUGUCGAUGACGCAGCUGCAGCGAGCCGUGGAGCAGCUGCUGCCUCCACAAAACGUUUCCAAGCCCGUACUGCUAGCGCUGCUAGCCAGGAUUGAAUCCAAGGUUCAAGUUUAUACCAGUAAAUCUUGUAUCACCAGUAAGGACGAAAACGUGGAGAUGAUGGAUGCAUCACCGGCGAUAGACGCAUCACCGGAGAUAGACGCAUCACCGGAGAUGGACGCUGUUCCUGCGUUAUCCACCGUAUUGCUGCCUGUCGUAGAUCUCAUUGAAGUGGAAAUUUACUUACAUCUGUUCGUGCUGGCGGCCUUGAUCAAAUUUAAGCUUGCUGAUGAAGCUCUCGAUUUAGUGGACAAGUUGGUGGUUCGCUGCCAGCAAUUUAAUCGCCGUACAUUGGACCUAUUUCAGGCGAAAGUAUUCACUUACUACUCCAACAUUCACGAGUAUUUUGGACACGACCUUCCUGCUAUCCGUGACACGUUGCUAAGUGCUCACCGCACGUCAUGCCUGCGUUAUGAUGAGGCUGGACAAGCCACAUUAAUCAAUCUACUUUUGCGUAAUUUCUUGAUGGGAAAUAUGUACGAACAAGCAUACAAGUUUGUAAGCAAGACGACAUUCCCAGAAUCCGUAUCAAACAACCAGUUUGUGCGUUAUCUGUACUACGUGGGCAAAAUUCAGGCCGUGCAGCUCGAAUACACAGAAUCGUACACCAAGCUGAUGCAAUCUAUUCGCAAAGCCCCCGCCAACACUGCAUAUGGCUUUCGACGUACGGUGUACAAACUUGCGAUUAUCGUGCAGCUUCUCAUGGGCGAAGUGCCUGAGCGUAACGUGUUCAACCAGGAUGAAUUUAGUAAGGCACUUGCCCCAUACCUGCAACUUACGAACGCUGUUCGUGUUGGAAAUUUGGAGGACUUUAAUAAUGUAUUAUCGCAACAUGAGGCGGCAUUCAAAUCUGACAACACAUACACACUCAUCCUUCGUUUGCGCCACAAUGUUAUUAAGACGGGUCUGCGCAAAAUAAGCACCUCGUACUCGCGGAUUUUAUUCAGCGAUAUUUGCGGCAAGCUUGCGCUUGAGGAUGCUCAGAACGCUGAAUUUGUGUGUGCCAAGGCUAUUCGGGACGGCGUGAUCGAUGGCGUGAUUGACCAUGAAAACGGCUGGCUGAAGCUAAAAGAGACCAUUAAUUUGUACACCACCAACGAUCCACAAACGGCGUUUCAAAGACGUAUCACCUUUUGCCUUGAUGUGCACAACGAAGCUGUGAAAGCCAUGCGAUACCCACCUGAUGCCUAUAAAAAAGACCUCGAGAGCGCUGAGGAGCGACUUGAGCGUGAAAAGCAGGAGGAAGAGCUUGCUAAGGAAAUUGAAGACGAGAUGGACGAAGGGCUAUGA